AUGGUUCAUCCACCUAGCACCACAGUGCGCUCUUGCCUUGAGUGUCGCCGACGAAAAAUCAAAUGCGACAGAAUCCUGCCUUGCUCGUACUGCGUCAAAGUCAAGAUACAAUGCAGCUAUCCGCCACCAAGAGCGGAGCAUGCUAUUACCGAGGGCAAUAAAGCUAGCGAUGAUAUGGCAGUCCGCAUUGAAAGAAUUGAACGUACAUUAGAAAGUUUUGAGCAAAGUCUCUCUCAACUCCAGGGGCUUGUGCAUACUCAAUUUUCAUCGCCGUCUGUUGGUGGAAGUCAUGGUCAUGACCAAGUACAACAGCCCCAUGAAAGCCGCAGCUAUGAUGAACGGGUUCUGAAUCAAAGUCCACCCUUAUUCAAAGCUCUCCCGACGUCCGCACUUGAGUAUCUUCGCCCUCCCCGGGUUCUGGUAUCUUUCCUAUGGCAGAAGUACUUGGAGAACGUGGAGCCAAUCCUCAAAAUUCUACAUACACCAACGUUCCAGAGACAGAUAUUGAGUAACACUGAAUAUCGAGAGGCCCUUGGAGCACCCACGGAGUGUUUGAUAUUUGCCGUUUGUUAUGCUGCUGUGGCAACCAUGACAGUGGAGGAUUGUAGGGUUGAACUUGAUGAGGACAGACAUGAAGUAUUAAAAAGAUACCGCAUUGGAGUUGAAAGCUCCCUCGCAAAAGCCGACUUAUUGAAGUCAUCGGACAUGGAUGUCCUGCAAGCCUUUGUUAUAUACAUCGUUUGCAGCAGGGGUUAUGAUAAAGGACCAGACAUUAGGAAGUUAAUUGGGACUGCCAUUGGAAUUGCCCUCAAGAUCGGCCUGCAUCGCGACGCAUCUACUUCAGGACUACCACCCUUUCAAGUCGAAAUGCGGCGUCGACUCUGGUGGCAGACCUAUAUUCUCGAUAUUACUAUUGCAGAGGACACUGGCACGGAUCCGCGUAUUCUGGAGUCAUGGUUCGACACAAGACUCCCUUCGAAUGUGAGCGACGCAAGUCUUGACCCUGACAUGAAGGACCCACCUAGAAACUGCAGCGGGAAAACGGAGAUGGUGUUGAGCCUCGCAAGGUCCGAAAUCAGCAAUUUUGCCCACCGAACUAUCUUCUCUGACCAGUCUUCCGAAGAGGACUGUCACCCGGUUCUAUCAACUCCACAGAAGUGCACGGCGAUAGAUCUCUUCAAAGAGAAAGUGGAACAGCAAUAUUUAUCGCAUCUAGAUCAAAGUAUUGCGCUAGACUAUUUUACAACUGUCUCCAGCAAUCUGAUGCUCGCAAAGCUUAAACUGGCAGUGAUAAAACUCCAAGCGAGACAAGACCAGUCUAUGCUCACGCAUGUGAACUUCCGGAAAGUUUGCACAGAGAUUCUGCAGAAAACUUCGUCAUUGAGACACUAUGAAAAGGGCAGGCAGUGGCUCUGGAGUCUCCAAAACCACGCCGAAUGGGAUGCCUUGACAUGCCUACUUAUCAAUCUUUCUUUGGCCCCAAAAGGGGAGGCGUUGGAUUUGGCAUGGCAGGCGGUCAAUGAAACAUACAAUUACUUGAAGAAGGACGGUGAUGCCCGGGGUGAUUGCCGCUGGGUGAAUAUUGAGGAACUCCACACGAAGGCUCUAUUUUCUCGGGACAUGAUACAGAUCAAUCCAUCCCAAUGGGCUGCUUCACCAGAUGAUGACAGCGGCUUCGAAGAAUCACACACCAUGGUUUCAGAAUCACCACAACAGCUUGGUCUGGGAGCAUUGAAGCGCCAGAGAGAAGACGAUACUGGUUCUUCUCGUUCUUCCCCGGGCGAGCUGGAACCCAUAGCUCUGAACUGUCGUUCUGAGGUGCCGGCCAUGCAAUCAGAAGCCCAGGAACAACUUCCCGGUAUGUGGGCGUUAGGGAAUGCUGCCGCGGCUGCUCCGACAGCUAUCGACGGUUCAUCUCACUUGGAACUGGCCGGUGAGCCUACGGACAUACCGAGCUCAGGCACUGGCUGUCAGUGGAGUGCGACUCUUUUCGAGCGAUACUUUCAGGUUCUGGGCUCUGAGCAAACGCCACAGGUAUGA